CCAACUCUGAAAUUAAGUCAUUGGGGAGGGGACUGGCACGAGCUUUUCAAAUUAACACAAAACCACGUAGUCGUAUUUUAGCUGCGAUUAUUAAAUUAACGAGACAUAAACACCGCAUUAAUAUCAAUUUCAAAUUCAACUUUAAUCACGCCGUCCAACUCUUUAAUUGCUAUAAUUAAAUGUCGAAUUUUGGCGGCUAACGUGUCGCUUAUUUUCAUAAUCCAUUUUGACAAAAUCGUUUACGUGUAGAUAUAAAAAUUUGAACUUUUGAUAAGGUUAUUUCAAAAAUAGUUGUUUUUUGUUUUCAUUUUGUGGCAAUAACAGACGAAUGAAAACCACACCGUUUUCUUAAAAUGUUUUGUCUAUUGAUUGGUGUUUUAUAAAAUGAACGCCGAUGAAAAUGUGACUUCGAGUGACCUAUCCAAAGCAAAUCUCAAUUCUGAAUUUGGAAAGGAUAUAAUGACCGGAUUCUCUGUAUGUAGUUUAUUGAAGAUCGACUCAAAUCGACCUUUUCCAAAAGUACCUGAAGUGUCCAAAUUUGGGCGAAUUAGUCGAGAUUCCGAAAAAAUUAAGAAACCGCGAAGAAAUAGAACAACUUUUACCACUGCCCAGCUUACAGCUCUCGAGAGAGUGUUUGAGAAAACCCACUACCCAGAUGCGUUCGUUAGAGAAGAUUUGGCAGCAAAAGUUAAUUUAACCGAAGCACGAGUUCAGGUUUGGUUUCAAAAUAGGAGAGCAAAGUUUCGUAGAAAUGAAAGAAGUAUGACGGGCCAGCAAACUUCAUCGCAAAAGUACAAUGUACCUAAGGUAUCAACGGAUACCCGGAUGCCUCCUCCUACAACCCCCUCUAAGGACCCAUCCUCUGUUCAUAUGCCCAACGAAUUACAGUAUAUAUUCCCAUGGAAAUGUGGACGAUAUCCCCAGCAAGAUGUCUAUCCUACUACAAAUUUCAACAAUCCCUACAGCAGUCAAAGCUAUGGCAUGAUACACCAUAAUUAUUACACCGGAAACAUCUGUAAUUCUAUCGAAGUUAAUUCCUAUAGAUGUAGAACUCAAGAAUUUGCAUUUCCAGCCUCUCACGCUAGUUACUAAGCAUGAUUCAAAUAGGUACUUACUUAUUUAUUAUAAUUUUUACAUAUUUUUUUUGUUUUUUUUUUUACCACGCAUCCAGUAUUUAUAAUUAUUAAACAUUUUCGUGUUGUUACCUAUUAGUUCUUAAUUUACUUCUAGCUUUAACGUAAUAUUUUUAAGUAUAACAAC